UUUAUUGUUGAAAGAAUAAUUAAAGCCAACAAAAAUAAUGAGAAAUUCCGUGUAAUAGUAGUGAUGCCAUUAUUACCAGCAUUUGAAGCAGCUUUGGAUUCAAAAGAUGCAGGAACAAUUAGAAUGAUAAUGCAUUGGCAAUAUUUUUCUAUUUGUCGUGGUGGUAAAUCACUUUUGGAAAAGUUAACUGAAGCUGGGGUUGAUCAUGAGAAAUAUAUUUCAUUUUUUGCUCUACGUGGUCAUGAUAAAAUUCAUAGAGAUGAUGAUGAGUCAAUUACACAUUCUAAAUCAUCUUCAAAAAAAGGAAAAGCCAGAAGCUCUAUAUUAAGGAAUUCAAUUAAAGUUAUAAACGAUUCCUUCAACAAAAGUCGAUCAUCUUCAGAUGCAAACCGAUCAUUAAAACCAGAAGAUAUAUUAAAAAGAGAAAAAUCACAAUCUUCAUCUUCACAGACUGAUAAUACUGAUGAUAAUAAUGUACAACAACAACAAAUAGCUCAACAUGCACCUGAAAAAACUGAAGAUUCAUUUUCUGAUGAGCAUGCUGAUUUUUCAACAAAUGUUGGAAUUGAAGGUGAACCUAUGAUUCCUAGUGGAAUGACACAUAUGGAUAGUAAACAUAAUUAUUUGACAGAGGAAGUUUAUAUUCAUAGCAAAAUAAUGAUUGUAGAUGACAAAUAUGUUGUUAUUGGUUCAGCUAAUCUAAAUGAUAGAUCACAACUUGGGAAUCGUGAUUCAGAAAUUGCAAUCAUUGUUGAAGAUAAUGCAGUUGUUGAGUCUAAAAUGAAUGGUAAAGAUUAUUUAGCACGAAAAUUUGCUUUUAAAUUACGUAAUUCUAUCUUUAAAGAACACUUGGGAUUUAUUGAGAAACAAGACCAUUCAACUGUGACAAAAAAAGAAGAUUUAAUUUUAAUGGAUCCACUUUCAGAUAAAUUCUAUGAUUAUUGGACUUCAAGAGCAAAUAAAAACACAGAAAUUUAUCGUUCAUUAUUUCAUUGCAUACCAGAUGAUAAAGUCACUAGUUGGGAGGAAUAUAAGAAUUUCGUUCCUGAUCAAUCAAAAGUUCCUCUAGGACAUAUAGCUGAUACUGAAGCAUCAAUUGAUAGUGUAGCCUCACAAAUAGAAAACAUUCGUGGACAUUUAGUUAAUUUUCCAACACAAUUUUUGAAAAAAGAAAAUUUACUGGGAAGUGUUAUAUCUAAUGCUGUUACACCUGCUGAAAUAUUCACAUAA